CUGUUGGAAGAAGAAAGCUUCGGAACCCUAAAAAAGUAGUACACUUUGUAUCGGCGCAAGACCAUCCGAUUCGUGUAGAAAGAAAGAAACCCUUAGAUCAGAAAUUGUUGUUGUAGGCGAUGGAUGAUAGCUGUGCUGUUUGCGCUGAAACCCUAGAAUGGGUUGCCUACGGAGCUUGCGGUCACAAGGACGUUUGCUCUACCUGUGUCGCUCGUCUGCGAUUCAUCUGCGAUGAUCGCCGUUGUUGUAUUUGCAAGACCGAAGCUAACGUUGUCUUUGUCACCAAGGCUCUAGGAGAUUAUACGAGGAUGAUUAGUGACUUCUCGGUAUUGGCAUCUGAACCAAAAGAAGGCCGAAUUGGUUCUUAUUGGUAUCAUGAGGACACCCAGGCUUUCUUUGAUGAUUUAGACCACUACAAGAUGAUCAGGGCAAUGUGCAGGCUUUCUUGUAGUGUGUGUGAUAAGAUGGAGGGGUCGGCUGGUGAUGGCAUGAAGAGAAGAGCAAGGUUCAGAAAUAUUGAGCAGUUAAAAGGUCAUUUAUUCCACCAGCACAAGUUGCUCAUGUGCAGUUUAUGUUUGGAAGGAAGAAAGGUAUUUAUCUGUGAGCAGAAACUGUACACAAGGGCACAGCUGAAUCAGCAUAUACACACUGGUGAUUCUGAGGUUGAUGGUACUGAAAGUGAAAGAGGUGGAUUCAUGGGUCACCCUCUUUGUGAAUUCUGUAGGACCCCAUUUUAUGGGGAUAAUGAGCUGUAUUCUCAUAUGUCGACUGAACAUUAUACUUGUCAUAUAUGCCAGAGGCAGCACCCUGGGCAAUACGAAUACUACAAGAAUUAUGAUGACCUAGAGAUCCACUUCCGCAGUAAUCAUUUCUUAUGUGAAGACGAGAGCUGUCUUGCAAAAAAGUUUGUUGUUUUCCAAUCUGAACCCGAGUUGAAGAGGCACAAUACUCUUGAGCAUGGAGGUCGUAUGUCGCGUUCCCAACGCAGUGCUGCCUUGCAGAUACCGACGAGUUUUCGAUAUCGACGCAGUAAUGAACAGGAUAAUCGUCGUGGAAGGGCCCGAUCAUUUAGGCGUGAUAACCCUGAGAGUGAACUCUCCAUGGCCAUUCAAGCCAGUUUAGAGACUGCUAAUGCAGAUAGAAGACUUCAUGAUACGUCAAGCAAUAGGAGGGUAGCUUCUGAUCAAACGGUAACAAAUGAUGAUGAUCUCCUUAUUCCACCCUUUGAAUCUUUGACUACUGAUUCCGAGCCAGCUUCAAGAUAUCUUCAAGCCGUGUCUCAAAUUUCCAGAAAUUCGCAGCUUCAAGAGUCCUCAUUUCCUCCCCUUGCCGUGCCUCCUUCUAAUAGUCAACCAAGACCUCAGUCUGAUGCUUUACCCCAGAACACUAUGGCAUCACAUCUGCGCCGAAAGCAAAACAAGAAUACAAAAAAGCUCCCUAGUUCAUCUCCUGCAUGGCCAGCAACAACAGGUCACACAACACCAGUAAUUGGUCAUCAGCCUGCCUGGCCAGCAACAACAGGUCACACACCACCAGUAAUUGGUCAUCAGCCUGCCUGGCCAGUGAUAAAUACUGCUUCUGGAUCAUCAUCUAGUUCCAGGCAUAGUAAGGCAGCGAAGGACAAACCUUCUGCACCAGUAAUUACCCCUCAAGACGCUUGGCCUGCUGUUAAUAGCGCUCCUGGAUCAGCAUCAAGCUCUAGCCAGAUUAAGCCGGCAACUGCAGCAGAUAGACCUCCAUCAUCUAGUUAUUUAAACUCUGUUGCUGCUCGAUCUUCAUUAGUGCAUGAAUCAUCUUCUAGCUCAGUUGGUUCAUCAAGGAGUUGGGCCCACAGCAAUAGAAUGAGCCAUUCCUUGUCAGCCCCAAAUCUUGUUCAGAGCGGGUCUUUUGACUCUUCUACCCCUGAUUUCCCUCCAGUCUCUGCUGUGCAGACUCGCAAACUUCCUGCAAGUGGCCAGCAGACAUCCACAAAUGUGGAAGAUGUUCAAACUGCAAAUAAAUCUUUGGUAGAAAGGAUGCGUAUCGCUCUAGAAUUUGAUCAAGACAAAUUCACGGCAUUUAAGGAUAUCUCUGCAGAAUAUCGUCAAGGUUUAAUAGAUGCUGAGACAUACCUGGCAUAUGUUGAACAGUUUGGCUUGUUGCAUCUCGUUCUUGAGUUGGCUAGACUAUGCCCUGAUGCUGAGAGGCAAAAGACACUAAUUGACACCUACAAUGCUAAUUUAGGAGGCACCGUCCCUAUGCAGAAUUUUCUAAGUGGUGGCAAUCGCUUGAAAGAUGGUAAAAGUUCUAAGAAAGGUAAAGGCAAGGCAAUAGAUGCUGGAAAUGGUACUUCAAAGGAUAACAUGGCAGAUAGCAUUUUAAGUACUGUGAGGAAAUUGCAGUCUAGCCACAAGGUUCCCGAAGAUGAUGUGGAAGUGUUGUCGAGAGAUGGUUAUCGGUCUGCUAAAGGUAAAUCAAAAUCGACCCUGAAUGAAUCCGAGGAAGAAUUAAAUUCCCGAGGCAAACCUUUAAAGCUGGAUGCCUGUCAGAACGACUUGUCCGCUAGAGAUGUAUCAAAUCACAGUUCAGGGAAUAAUGAUGGGAAAAGCAAGCAGCGGAAGAAAAUCUCUAAGUUUUACAGAGUUCGUUUAGGUGAUGGAUCUGUUGAAACACUUCUAAAUCUCAAUGGUUCAAACCCUGAUCUGGAUCCAGAUCCAGAGAGAAAGGAGACAUCAGAUGAACAAAGUAACCCUGAAAGUUUGCCUGUGCGUGGUGUUUGGCGAAAUGGAGGAGGUCAAAAGCUUGUAGCUAUGACUUCGAAAGGUCCGAAAAAGUGAUGCAAUAGGAGGUAGAGGACAACUUUUUGGUUUGUAGAGGAAACUUCAGAUUAUCCUCUCCAUUGGACAUAUUCUUUUGGCAUUGAUGCUAAGUUGCGGGCAUUCUCAGCUGCGGUUUUUGUGAAAUGCGUCAAGGAUGUAGCAGCUUCUGCAUGAACUGACUUUUCCAUGCUUUGGCAAGGUCCUAACCCAUGGAAGCAAGUAUUUAUUGUUUUCGGACACAGCAGUUCUGCAAUUAUAGGCUAUGGUGUUUUUGUUUCUUUAUUGAUAGUUCCUUCCAAUUCUGCCUCACAAUUUGCUAUAGUGGCAGAGGUAGACAACUUUUGAAGAUGAUCCGUGUAAGGUGAUUUUUUCCGUUAAAAAACUGUAUAUUGAUAUACUAAAUACAAUGAUAAAGUGGCUCUGCUGUUCAGGCUCCAGUGCCAUUUUACUUUUUGCUA